AUGUUGCGUUAUAGUAGCAGUAAAAUACUACAACUUGGUACUCGAAAUACUGCACGCUUACUUCAUACAAAUGUACAGAUAUUACAACAAAUAAAAUUAGAGACUAACACACCACUGUUGGAUUCAACUACAGAAAACCUUAAAGAAGAUGAAGUUGAGGCCAGUGUGAAAGAACGUAUGAUAUUUGGGAGUAUAUUUGAAAGAAUGCAACGAAAGGAAGAACUUCGAAACCAGAGAAUGUCUGAACUACUAGACACUGAAGGAGAUAAAAAAGGAAAAGAUAUUGGUGAAGUGAAGGUGAAUUUUGGACAAAAUGAACAAUAUGAAGAUAUAGAUCCUGAAGAUAUUAAUCUGGUAGAAUAUUUCAAACAAGAAAGUGAAAAAAAUAAGGAAAAUGAUGAUUUAUUUUCCAAAGUGGAUAGAAACAAGAAAGGUGGAACAGGUAAAUCGUCUAUCAUUUAUGACCUUUUUGAAAAUAUAGAGAAAUCUAUCCUUCAAAAUAAAAAAAGAACUUUAGAACAAGCUGAUGCUAUGAAGAUCGUCAAUUUCUCGCCGUCAUCAUUACCAACACCGAAUGUCAUACAAUCUCAAAGUUUAGGGAUUGAUGUCAAAAAAUUGGAAGACGAAGAACGGUAUAAAGCAGCCAUGGAUAGCGCCAUGAAACCAUACACUGACCAGUUAAAAUUGAGUAUUUCAUCUGAUUAUGAUGUCCUUGAGAAAAUAAAGGAGAUGAUUAAAUUGUUUACAGCAAGAGAUAAAUCGCUUGAUAGUUUAAAUAAUAAUCAACCUGUUGAUAUUAUCAACACAAUAAAGGGCUACAGUGAGAAAAAUUCCGAAGUUAUCCCUGAACCUUAUGUAAUCACAAUACCGUACUGUAUGCUUAGACUCUUAAUAGGCCCCGAAUUUAAUAUGUCAAGCGAGAGGAAAUACAAUAUAGCAACUUACGUCUAUCACGAAUGUAAGACAUGCCAGGAUUUAUCAUUGUAUUUAAACAUGUGCAAUGUAAUUUUCUAUAACCAACUGCUGAGACUUUCAUGGGAGAAUUUCAAAGAUAUCAAGCGCAUAUUGGACUUGACCACCGAGAUGAAAAUCAACGGUAUCCUUGGUGACAUCGAGACUGUAGAACUACUAGGUACAUUGAUACGAGAUAUAGAUGCUACUUACGAUGAUUAUCUUCCAGUUGAAAAUAAUAUUGAGGAGAAUAGUGGAACAGCUAAAGGUAUUUUAUGGACACACCAAACAAGAAUAUACCUGAAUGAAGUGAGAAAAUACUUGAAACAACUAAAACUUGCAUUAACAGCCGAACAAUCGUAG